CGCGAGAGAUCCUCUCAGCCUCACUCAGUCGCGUUUCGCUUGUUGGGGUGUCCGCCAGAGCACAGCUCGUGAUGGUAGUAAAUACGUGGAGUGACAUAUGUUGAAACUCACCCUCAACAAAUCCCAACAAAUUCGAGAUGGAGCUUGGGUAAUGACCAGCGAUGGUCAGAUGACCAUGAACGCGUCUUUGUGAUUUAAUUAAAAGACUAUGUGUUAACGAUGGCAACCUCUUUAACCGGAGUUGGAAUUCUUUGGGCCACGUUGUCCCUUGCAGCGGCCCUGCUUUGCUGUUCGGGGUUCUACUUGCCCUUUUGGAUACAGGGCCGCCUGCUGGGGAAAGUGGAUGCCUACUUUAGUUCGUUCCGCAGAUGCAACUAUCCCAGAGUCAGUCCACAGGGGGUAGUUGAGAUAGUGCAGGAAUGUGGACGGUAUUCAAAGUUCUGGGACAUUCCGAGCCCUUGGUGGCAAGCCAGCACCGUUCUAGUGGGAACCGGAAGUGCGUUGAGUUUACUCAUCGCCGUGACGGCGACGGCGGCGUGCUGUAUAACUUACGUGGUUCAUUCGGGGACGGCGAGGGUCGCCGGAUCUUUACAACUAACGGCAGCCCUUCUUGUGAUAGUCGGCGCUGCGGUUUAUCCUGUGGGAUGGGACAAUCGUGAAGUGCGCGAGUCCUGUGGAAAUUCCAGCCACAUAUACCGACUAGGGACCUGUGAAUUGUCGUGGUCAGUUUAUUUGUUAGCAAGCGCCGUUCUUCUAUUACUUCUCUGUUUCUGUUUGAGUUUUUGCGCGUCUCGGGUGAAAGCCGGCUCGUUUCGGAUCUGAAUGCACAUCAUCGGGACUGCGACCAUCACCAACAACGAGUUGCGUCCCGCCUGGCAAACCCGACGGCCGCCGUCGUCGUCCAGGAAUUUGUGCAAUCGGCAACUGUGAACGUGCCGUUUUCACCCAUCGUCAACGACGUGAACGACACCAACGUCGUCGUCAAAGACCUACCCAAGUGUCUGAUGAAAUCAGAUGUUUUCGAUUAAAUCGCUCGGCCGUUUCUUUCAUAAUCCCAUUUAAUUAAAUGCAAGGGAAAGGAAGCCACUGGUUCGGUGUUUUGCAUGUCGGAAGCUUCUUUCGAACGAUAGCCAAAACAAAACAAAGACUUUUGCGAUUCUAUCGGCGGAGAUUUAGUGGUGAAGAGGAAAUGCUUUGAUUUAUCGCACCGAAAUGCAAAAUUCUAAACAAUGAAACUUUGAGAUUUUCAAUAUUUUAUUCCUCGCUGAAGUAAUAACAGCGUUGAAUUAAAUGAUCGCUAAGUACAGUCUCUCUGCAUCUGAAAAAUCCAUGCACGUUUUAAAUUUUCACGCUUUCAAGUUGAAUGUUUUCAGUGUGCAUCGUAUUGCAAUUAUAAUUUGUUUGGAUUUUUGCCUUUCCUUUGCAAUUCGUUUGUUUUGUUGAUUGUGUCGUAAAUACGUAAAUGAGAAUUCUAAAAAGUGAACAAAUCAACGAUCAACGGCUUAAAUCGAGUGAAUUUGUUGAACUCAAGUGCAAACUGACAUCAUCAUAUCCAAAGACUGAAGUGUUAAAUUUGUUACGAUUUCAGAAAACUAGUUUCAAUUAAAAAAUCACUCAUGUGUUAGAUUUCAAGAUUCUAUUGACUAUUAUUUGUAUCAUAAUUAAGAAUAAAUUUUUAAAAUUU